CAGCAAACCAGAGUGAUAGUAUUGUUUUUGCCAAAAAUAACAGAAAUUCCCUCAAAAUCUGAGCUAAUUCAGGCGGAAAAAACAGACUGCAAAAACAAUCUAAUUUGAAUCCACCUUUUCUGUCAAGGCUAUUAUUUACGGAAGCCCUUUGUUAAUUGACCUGUUAGUCUUAAAUGUUAACUUGAUCCGUUUUGAACUCAGAAAACAAAUUGAGUAUUCACCGUGUAAAUUUGUCCCACUCCAGGAAAUAGUAUAACGACCCGCCUAAAUUUCAGACGCCAUUUUAAUUACCAACUGAUCACCAUACCAAUUUUUUGGAGAACUUCAAAACGGCAGUUCCAAAAUUCUAAGGGAUGCCAAAUAAACAAACCGAAUUCAUUUCACAUAAAGACCCUUGACGCUCCAUGUACCAAUCUGCAAAUUAUCGUAGUCUUCCUUCUUAUUAACGUUUUUGCGAAAUGUCCCUUACUGUUCUCAUGGGCUGGUUUUCCGGCCUCGGCUUUUGUUUCCUUUGUAUCUUCUGUUGUUUAUUUGGCCGAUCAUCCAACAAGCCGAAACAAGAUCCGAACUUGAUUGGACAGAAAAAAGACAGUGGCAACACGUGUCUAGGUGUGUGGGUGUGUGAUGAUCACGGUGCAGGUCAAGUGCCACACCCUCUCAUUGUGUCCAGAUGGUACCAGCAGCUGUCUGUGGUUGACACGGUGGAGAUAUAUGUCAAACUGCAGAACUUACUGCAAAGUGAACUAGCCAAGGGAAUGCUGCUUUAUCGGUCUGAUGAAACGAAUGGUUCGAAACUGCUGCAAAAUGAGGAGACUUCGGACUCGCCAGAAGCAGCCAGAAAGUUUUCCACAUUGUCAAGCAAGGACACUCCAUUUAGUUUCGCACCCUUUGGAGUUAAUGAGAGUGUCGGAGAAAGCCAGCGACGUUACUCUAGAUGCUCGACCGGAUCAAUCAAAUCAGAGAAAUGUAUUAGCUGGGGCGCAACUACCCGCAGCCAAAGCAACAUCAACGCAGCUGGUUCUCAACAAUCGAUAGACGAAAGCCAGCUGUUCUUCCAGAAUAAAUUCUGCAUUAAAGAGAAACUACAACUCCAUCAGGAAUGUCCGAUCGAAACUAUGAAGAAAAGCUCAUUUGCUGGAAAUGACGACCGCGUCUAUUGCUUCAAAGAAAACUGCCCUUUGGGAGGCGUAACUGAAAGAAGAGAUACCCUCAGCUCAAGCCAUUCAUACAAGGAACCAGAUAGCUUAAUAGGAUGUUUGCCACUCACAAGGUCAUGGAGCAGUGAAAGGGCGCCGAAUAAAAACUGCAUGAAAUUCAACUCACGCGUAGUCGCAGACAAUUUUUAUCAGGAACACUGUACCGAAGUUUAAAGUUUUAGAGAACAACUGAGCUCUUAAUGUGUUUAAAACUUAAGCCGUAAAAUUUUGACAAUAUUUGAUCUAAUAUUGUCAAGUUUAUUAGCCAAAAAUCAAUGUUCGAUAACUGUCCCAGAAAGUUCCAGCACUAUUUGUUUUUCCUCUGAUCAUUCUAUAAAUUUAUGAGAAACUUGCUAAGCGAAACUGAUUUGAUGUGUCUAACCAAAACUGCUAUGAAAAAUUUAUUUUUCUGAUAAAC